AAUUUGAAAGAGUUAAAUAGUUUUUCAAAACGAACAUUUAUUUUGAGCGGAGGGAAUAAUUAUUUUUUAUUAUUUUUUUAAAUUUUUUAUUUUAACAAACAAAGGACAUAUGACAGUCCUUCUUGGAAGGCUGUAGAAAUAGUCCUUGACCUUCUCAUAUCACCAUAUCAUAUAUUUGUAUGUAUGUAUAUAGAUAUAUAUAGAGAGAGAGAGAGGGAGAGAGACUGUAGAGAGAGAGGGUAUCGGAUUCCUCUGACACAAAUUGUAAAGUCGGUUAGGCUUGUCUUCCAGACGUGCUUCAAUGUUUCACAAAAGGGGAAUUAAUUUGAAAGGCCAUUUAGAAAGGUCACAACUAGUCUCUCUGACAGAGGUUUGUUCGAAGGGUAGGAGACAAUGAGAGAUUUGGAAAGAGCAGUGGAGUGGCUUAGACCACUUGUGGAGACCAAAGGAUGGGACUACUGUGUUGUUUGGAAAUUAGGAGAUGACCCUUCAAGAUUCAUUGAGUGGAUGGGUGGUUGUUGUGCUGGUUGUUAUGGUCACAAUUUCAAUUUGAAAAAGGAAAGUGGAGAAGAGCAACAUUCACUAAACUUGUGCAAAGAUUUUCAUAUCCAGCAUCCUAUAAGAACAAAGGCUUGUGAAGCACUUGCCCUACUUCCUUCUUCCAUGCCCUUGUACUCCGGGAUUCAUGGAGAGGUAGUACUAUCAACUCAACCAAUCUGGUUUGGCCAUGGCAAGCAUGAUACAACUGGAACCCAAGUUUUCAUCCCUGUUGUUGAUGGUCUAAUUGAGCUCUUUAGCGCGAAACAUAUAGCCAAAGAUCAGAAGAUAAUAGAGUUUGUUAAGGAUCAGUAUAAGCAUUGUUCGGGACAAGAAGUCAUGACAGCACAAAGCAAUAACAGUGUGACCAUCAAUGAACAACCACCACUUGAUCCAUUGCUUAAUAAAAACUUGAACAAUUCACCAGUUGCUCUUGACAAUUUGAAGUUCAUUCCUAGGCUACAACUUCUUCCCCCAAUAGCACAUCCCAUCACUUAUCCCCACUUAGACGGAUCUGGUUCAAUUCCUACACAUGACCACCUGUUGUUUAGUUCAGGUUCCAUUCAUAUCCCACAAAGGGUUUCAUUGUUUGAAUCAAUCGGAAAAUAUCCCGGAUCCAAAAAUCCUAAUUGCAGGGAAAAUUUGUCAAAAAAGCGCGAAAUUCAUUUCAUUUUGGGGCAUGCCAAUCAUGUGGUUGAGGAACACAAUUUGAAGCCCAAGCAGAGGACAGAAAGGGACCAAUAUCAGUCAAAGAAUCUUGAUGCAGAAAGAAAUAGGAGGAACCGGAUUAAAGAUGGUCUCUUUACUCUACGCGCUCUAGUCCCCAAGAUAUCAAAGAUGGAUAGAGCUUCCAUACUGGGAGAUGCAGCUGAAUAUAUAGAGGAAUUGCAGCAUAUGGUGAAGGCACUUCAUGAUGAGCUCAAGGAAAUGGAAGACGAGGAAUGUAAUAAGAACAAUGUUGAAGAGAAGAUGCCAAAAGCGAAUGAGGUACAUGAUGGCAACAAAAAUUCACCGUGUAAUGAGCACAACCAAGAGUCCUCUACUGCAGAUGAAAAGAAACAAACAGAGGUGCAACUGGAGGUAAACCAGAUUGGAACAAAAGAUUUCUUGCUCAAGUUCACCUGCAAGCAAAAGCGAGGAAUCUUUGCAAGGUUGAUGGAGGCUAUGAAUUCUUUAGGUUUCCAAGUACUUGAUGCCAAUGUUACCACAAUUAACGGCAAGGUCUUGAACAUUCUAAGGGUAGAGGCAAACAAGACAGAGGUUCAACCAAAGAGCUUGAAAGAUUCAUUGAUCCGGCUAACAAGUCAGACAUGCCAAACAGUUGAUGGGAGUCUAUGAAGAAAAGAAGCUUAGAGGACAUUAUAAUCUGCCAAUGGAAAAAGAAAACAAAAAACGAAAAGCAAAGAGAAAAAAAAAAAAAAAAGGGAGGGUAAUAUAGAGGAUUUGUUUUUUGUUGAGAAAAUGGAAGGCUUACUUUGGAAAGUCAAGAGAUUUCGGAUACUUGUAUUUUCACUUCAUGUUGUAUAUAUAGGUUAGGUAAUUUUCCCCUCAUGCAUUGAUUUUUAAUCCUUCUCAAGUAGCCACUAGAUUUAUAUAUAUAUAUAUAUAUAUAUGUUACCACAAACAACUGCAAUUUUACUGUGACCUUUUAGUCUCUAAAUUCAUAUAGUUGAACUAUGGAUUU